CUCACAUUUUCUUACGUUGUUAUAAUCUACUUCGCACACGGUCUUCCUCAGUCUUUCUCGAGACACCUCUGUUACAUCUAACCGAUAUGAUUCGUUGUCCGGACUGCGAUACGUCCUUUACGCGAUCUGAUAAUUUAAAACGACAUCAAAAAGCUUCGUGUCGUAAACGAGUACAGUACCAUCCUAAUUCCUCGCUACCGAAUAAAAAACCGAAAUGUGCUACAUCUGCCACCUCUUCCGACCGCUGGUGUGAAACGUGUAAAAUAUAUGUUCCUCAAUCUUCGUACAACGGUCACCUGCGCACCCUACAGCAUAAACAAAAUUGUUGUUCACCUCUUGAGGAGGGAAUCGGUUUCCUUUCCUCUGCUUUCGCUAGCAGGAUUGCUUCGUUUCGUAUUACGUCUGCGAAAUACCUUCUAUCGUAUAACGACUUCUUCACCGAUGUUCUCGACAAAUGCGUGCGUGUUAUACGUAAUCAGAUCCACCUCCACGACACGCUUAAAAUAAAUCUCGAAGUUUUUGGACGUUACGUGCACGAAACCAAACAGUUGGUUGAAAUUAAAUCCUUCAACACCAACAACAAAGUUGUGACUCGAUCCAUCGAUCUUCCCAAUCUUCUACAAAACUUCUUUGAGAUACUUGAGGCUAAAGCGUCAGAGUUUCAAGAACGAGAGUCAGGAUGGAUUUUAGAAAGGGUUCUUUUCCUUGAAAUCAACUUUAACAAGUACAAUCCGCUGAGAGCGUCUUCCUACAUUCCGUUACCGAAACAAAUUUUAUUCAAGAAAGCGGUUGUGAAUGUGCGAAACGACGAUCACGCCUGCUUCGCAUGGGCAAUUACGUCAGCUCUGUAUCCCGCACAAGCGAACCCGCAAAGAACUACUUCCUAUCCACAUUACUCACACACUUUGGACUACGACGGAGAAUACUCCGAUAUCUACUUGAAAACAGAUGUUCUUUUGCUAGCUGAUGUUUUCGAGAAUUUCCGGCAAAUGUGUCUCACCACUUACGACUUUGAUCCUGCUCAGUAUUAUACAGCGCCAGGGCUUGCGUGGGAUAGAAAGACAAAAUCGUAA